AUGUCAGCUCCACACGUCCUAAUCCUCGGUGGUCACGGGAAGGUAGCGUUGAAGCUUACUCCUCUGCUUCUCCAAAAGUCGUGGCGUGUAACUUCCGUCAUAAGAAACAAAGACCACGAAUCAGACAUCACCGCUACUGCAAAAUCCCAUCCGGAGAAUCUUAAUGUUCUGGUUGAAAGCAUCGAAGACGUUAGAUCCACUAAUGAUGCCACUAGGGUGUUAAACCAGGUUAGACCGGAUUAUGUCGUUUGGAGUGCCGGCGCGGCAGGAAAAGGUGGUCCGGUCCGAACAUUCGCCAUCGACCGCGAUGCAUGCAGAUACUAUAUCGAUGCCGCCGCAUCUCCCAGCUCCUCAGUGAAGAAAUUCCUAUUGGUCUCCUACAUCGCCUCUCGACGGUCCUACCCACCCUGGUGGACAUCCGAAGAUAAAUCCUCAGCCGACAACGUCAACCAAAACAUUCUCGCAAAUUACUUUAAAGCUAAAGUAGCAGCGGACGAGUAUUUACUCGCAAGAUCAAAGGCUGCUAGAGAUGGUGGGAAGGAAGCCUUUGCGGAUAUUUGUUUGAGACCGGGGACUUUGACCGAUGAUGAUGGUGGGGAAGGAGUUUUGCUUGGGAAGACGGGGAGUAGAGGCGAAGUUAGUAGGACUGAUGUUGCGAGAGUGGCGGCCGCUUUGUUGGAUACUGAGUAUAGAGGAUGGCUAAAUCUUUUGAAAGGAAAGGAAGAGGUCCAAGAGGCCGUGAAUAGAUGUGUAGGUGAGAAGGUGGAUUGUAUCGAAGGCGAGGAUUUGGAGGCUAUCUAUAAAACCAAGCUGGAACUAGACUAG